GGUGGUGAUUGGCUUGUCUAGCUCACUCCCACUGGUCUUUAAAUCAUUGUCUAGGUCCCCAAAAUUUCACAUAAGUCAACUCUGCCACAGGGGUCUGCUAUGCCACAGAAUUCUGGAAAGAUUGCACAGGACUGGAUAAAUAAUUAAGAACAGAGUGUUCUGAACAUAACACCAAGUAGAAGAGCCUCAAGCUGAAGGUACAGUAUCUUGUUUACACUGAAGGAGCUUGUGUGUGGACAAGAAAGCGCUGACAGCUCAAAUGGACCCCAUGGAACUGAGCAAUGUCAACAUCGAGCCUGAUGAUGAGAGCAUCAGUGGAGAGAGUAUUCAAGACAGCUACACCGGGAUGGGGAAUUUAGAAAAGGCAGCAAUGAGCAGUCAGUUUACUAAUGAAGAUGCUGAGAGUCAGAAAUUCCUGACAAAUGGAUUUUUGGGGAAAAAGAAGUUGGCAGAUUAUGACGAUGAACAUCAUCCUGGGACCACCUCCUUUGGAAUGUCUUCAUUCAACCUGAGUAAUGCCAUCAUGGGCAGUGGAAUCCUGGGCCUGUCCUACGCCAUGGCCAACACAGGGAUCAUACUUUUCAUAAUCAUGCUGCUUGCCGUGGCAGUCCUCUCUCUUUAUUCAGUUCAUCUUUUAUUAAAGACUGCCAAAGAAGGAGGGUCUUUAAUUUAUGAAAAACUAGGUGAAAAGGCAUUUGGAUGGCCUGGGAAAAUCGGAGCUUUCAUUUCCAUUACAAUGCAGAACAUUGGAGCCAUGUCAAGCUACCUCUUUAUCAUUAAAUAUGAACUACCGGAAGUAAUCAGAGCAUUCAUGGGACUUGAAGAAAAUACUGGCGAAUGGUAUCUCAACGGCAACUACCUCAUCAUAUUUGUGUCUGUUGGAAUAAUUCUUCCACUUUCUCUUCUUAAAAAUUUAGGUUACCUUGGUUAUACCAGCGGAUUUUCUCUUACUUGCAUGGUGUUUUUUGUCAGUGUGGUGAUUUACAAGAAAUUCCAAAUACCCUGUCCUCUGCCUAUUCUGGAUCACAGUGUUGGGAAUCUGACAUUCAACAAUACAGUUCCAGUGCAUGUGGUGAUGUUACUCAACAACUCUGAGGGUAGUGGUGUGAACUUCAUGAUGGAUUACACCCACCAGAAUGCUGCAGGACUCGAUGAGAACCAGGCCAAAGGCUCUCUUCAUGGCAGUGGAGUGGAGUUUGAAGCACACAGUGAUGACAAGUGUCAGCCCAAAUACUUUGUCUUCAACUCCAGGACGGCCUAUGCAAUUCCCAUCCUAGCAUUUGCUUUUGUAUGCCACCCUGAGGUCCUUCCUAUCUACAGUGAACUUAAAGAUCGGUCCCGGAGGAAGAUGCAAACAGUGUCGAAUGUCUCCAUCACAGGGAUGCUCGUCAUGUAUCUGCUUGCUGCCCUCUUUGGUUAUCUAACCUUUUAUGGAGAAGUUGAAGAUGAAUUGCUUCAUGCUUACAGCAAAGUGUACACAUUUGACACCCCUCUCCUCAUGGUGCGCCUGGCUGUCCUUGUGGCAGUAACACUAACUGUGCCCAUAGUGCUAUUCCCUAUUCGCACAUCAGUGACCACACUGUUAUUUCCCAAAAGACCAUUCAGCUGGAUAAGGCAUUUCCUGAUUGCAGCCAUAAUUAUUGCUCUUAAUAAUGUUUUGGUCAUCCUUGUGCCAACUAUAAAAUACAUCUUUGGAUUCAUAGGGGCUUCUUCUGCCACUAUGCUGAUCUUCAUCCUUCCAGCAGUUUUCUAUCUUAAACUUGUCAAGAAAGAACCUCUUAGGUCACCCCAAAAGGUCGGGGCUUGUAUUUUCUUCGUGGUUGGCAUCAUCUUCAUGAUGGGAAGCAUGGCACUCAUUAUAAUUGACUGGAUUUACAAUCCCCCAUAUUCCAAGCAUCACUAACCCAAGGAAAAAUACUAUCUUUUCCUGUUGGAGAUGGUUACCAAUUAUGCUCCCAAAGACAUUUUAGUUAUCUUGUUUGCAAUGUUAUUCAUAGGAAGUAACAGGAAGAUUCCGAAGAUGUUUACCAGCAAUAUUACCAAGCACCUACAGAAGAGAAAAUCAUCAUUUUUGUCACAAAUGGCUGUUUAUAUGUUUAAAAUCUGCGGUGCACAUUUCCACCCAGGUUUUACUAGAGCAGUGUGCGAUGAUAUAUUUUUGCUUCUGCGUAUGCAGAACAAAGGUAGCUGCAUGUAAUGAUCAUCAGAUAAUACCCUUUUCCCUCUCCCCGCAAAAGUACCAAAUUUCUGUAUUCUCAGAACAUCAAGCAAAAAUGCCCUGAUGGCAAAGCUAUCGCCACUUAAUGCCUUCCCUCAAUCUUGCACCAAAUACUCCAGGUCUGUUUAAUGACAGAGGCAAAAGACAUAUAUUAUGAACUGUCUCUACAAGUCACAUGAAUGAUCAGACACCAGGCUGGAGCAUUUUAUGCUCAACACUAACAGAAAAUUUUGCCCAUCCCACUUGUGACAUUAAAUUAGUGACUUCUUCAUUCAAUCAUUCUUCUGUAAAUAUUAAAUCAUCCUAUGAAACAUAGAGAGGGGCUUUAUUGAAAUUAUAGAGCACCAGCAAAACAAUGCUUAUCGCUCUACUGAAUGUUCUGGAAGCAUUUGUUUAUUAAUGUUAUUCGCAGUCCUCUUGUCACACUUUUGUCAUUGAACAAUGCCCUCCCUCUCGUCUUCCAUUUUCAUUCAGAAUUUUUAGAAUACCACUAUUCAUGUGGAGCUACACUACCCAGUAUUGUUUAAUACAUUUUUAUGCGAUAAACAUUCAGUGCAGGAAACUGUGAUUGCUUUAUGUUUAUGUAUAUAAUCUUAUUCUGUAGUUAUCAGAAUUUUAAUGUAUGGUACAUUUGAUUUUUAUUUUUUACACGUGUAGUUUUCUCUUCACAGUCAAACGUUUAUGUUAUUGGGGGUGGGGGUAGGGAAUUGAGUUGAUAGGCUCAAAAAUCCACGUUUGUAUUUGUCUAUUGAGCAUAUUUUAAAUUUGAAACCUGAGUGAUACAUUGAAUAGUUUGGUAAUGCUCUUCUUCAGUGUUUACAUAUUACCAUAAUCAUCUACAAGAAAAUGAGUUCCCUAUUUGCAUUAUCGAUACUAAGGUAGUUCUUUUAAUUUAGCAGGUCUAAAAUAGGAUUUAGUUCAUUUUAGCUUGAAUAGUUGUUUGCUAACAUUGAUUUGCUAUUCAAUACAGUGUUGAGCUAUUCUCUAUAAAAACAAAAGUGCUAACACUACAAAGAGAUGCAAAUUACUAUUCUUGCUCACUUUUACAACAUAGUUACAUGAAAUGGAUUUAAAAAUUAGUACUCAUUGCCUAGAAUUUCUAGAGUUUGCUCCUUUUUUUUUCUCAAUCAGUAGCAAGCACAUUUGUUGUAUAUUUUAGUAUAGCCUAGUAUGAAAUACAGGUGUUAUGUAAGUAUGAUAAUAUUAAAUCGUAUUUCAAUAGUUUUUGCUGGAAUGUGCCUUACUUAAAUAUAUAUUUGUUUUAUGUAUUAUUCUCUAGAGGCAUAAUGUUGUAAAAUGGUGCACUUUGUUAGGGAAAUUGAGCAUUACUAGAAACUAUCAUGACUUCUGACUUACUAUUAUUUACCAAAUAGCAUUUUAAAGAUAUAUUUCUAUUUUCAAUCCAUCUAAACAGAGUAUCAAAAUAGAAAAUGGAAAAAAGGUGCCUUCUGAGUGUUAAAAAUGUUUGAUCUGAAUGUAUUUAAAUGUACAUACAAUGAAUUGAUCCAAAAAUCUGAAAAGCUAUAAAAUCUGUAUAUAUUUUGAAUGCUUUAAGUUUGAAAUGACUCACUUGAAAGUAUCAACAUGUAAAAUUAUAUUCAAGAGCAAUACUACAGUGCCAAAUAAUAAAGUGUCGUUUUUUUCUCAUGGCCAUUUUCAGGAUUAGAGUUCACAUAGACUGCAGGACAGGCAUACAUAUGGUAUAUUGUACUGGUUAAUUUAGCCCCAUUUAUAAACAGAUGAAAAUUUUAUUUUCUUAUUUCAUUUAUAAGAUGGUUCAAUAUAUUGGGAAGCUUUUUUUUAUUACAGAAAGUGUAUAUUGGUAUAUAAUAAAUGAAUUUUUCAAAUGAC